CCUACUUUUUCAAAUCAGCUUCAGUCCGGCAGCUCUCGGGGCACACAGAUGGACAAAGCUGAGGAAAUCUGUGACGUCUAUCCAGAGUAUGAUCAAUAAUCGCAGGAGCACGUGUUGCUUUGCAACUAAUUAACGCUGAUUAACAGAAGUCACGUGACCUCUUCCAAAGGAAGGACCUGAUAUUUCCGGAGGUCUAAACCGCAUAGGCAAAAUAUAUAAACAAGAAGAUGGACUGUCAUUGUGUAAAACUGUGUUUGGUCGCUUUCAUUGUUGUCUUCAUGGCUCACCAGUGUGGGUGUCUCACCGGCCAGGUGAGGAAAACACCUGAGCAGCUCGUCCUGCCCAGGGUCACCUGCUCUCCUCGAAGGAUCAGAGCUGUUUUUGGUCCGCUGGUCAAAAGUAAUAUACACGUUAAAGACAUGACAGGGGCCACAGUCCCAGUGCCUCACUCUGAGGGCUCCUGUGGAGUGAGACUGAGCAGAGAGAAAAACCAGAGCCUCUCCCUCUACAGCAGAUAUGACAGCUGCUUUGCCCAGAUUGAGGGCAGCAAAGUGGUCAUCCCCCUGCAGGUACAGCUGACAGGAGGGGAUCGAUGGAUCAGGGUAAACAUCAGCUGUCCUCUGAUAAAGAGACACAGUGAGAGGACUCGACUCAUUCCAACACCGCUACCUGGAAAUUGUGACAUAGAAAGAGCUCUGCGAGUGGACUGUGGCCACCAGAGCAUUCCUAGAGACGCAUGCCACAAAUUGGGAUGCUGCUACGAUGCUCCUGAUUCCGCCUGCUACUACAGACUCAACGCCUGCUCUCUGGACGGACACUUUGUGUUCUCAGUAAAGGCCACAGACACAGACCUACCCAUCGAUCCCAGCAGCCUCAUAGUCAAGGAUCAGCCACAGUGUCUCCCUGUGAUCACCACCCCUGACACGGCCGUCUUUAAGAUUGGAGUCACAGACUGUGGUGCAAAGAUGAAGGUGGACGGAAACAUUAAGAUCUAUGAGGUGGAUGUGGAGGAGCUGAAUACUGAAAGUAUAACUAAAAAUUCACCGUUCAGCCUCCAGGUCCAGUGUGAAUAUGAGGCUUCAGAUUUAAAGCGUGCGGCAGAGUUGCGGUCCCUGUAUGCAGUGACCAACCCACCGCCUGUGGUUGCGCUGGGGACCAUCGGGGUGCAGAUGAGAAUAGCCAGAGAUGCAUCUUUCACAUCCUUCUUUCCCGAGGACAAGCUCCCUCUGACGUUGCCCCUGCGUAAAGCUGCAUACGUGGAGAUCUCCAUCGCCCAGCCAUCCUUAGACCCCACACUCUCCCUGCAUGUGCGGGAUUGCUUUGCCUACCCUGCGUCCAGACACUCUGUGUGGACGCUUCUCUAUGAUGGAUGUCCCAACCCUUUGGACGGCAUGAGAAGCUCUUUUCCUGUGGACAACCAGGGCAAGACCACCUCCCACUCCCAAGUCAGGAGGUUUGAUGUCAAGACCUUUGCCUUCUUGGACCCUCAUACAGGCCGUCCAAGUCCAGAGGAAAUGUACUUCUACUGCUGGGUGGAAAUCUGCACAAAUUACGUUGAAUGUGCGCAGCGUUGUACCAUCAUUACAUCUAAGGGUGAGAGACAGAAAAGAGAGACAGCUUCUGAGUCCGACCAGGUCCAGCUCAUCUCUUUAGGGCCACUGCUGCUGGGACAGAACAACACUGAACAGGAGGACAACACAUGUUGGAAACAGAACACAAUGUUUCAGGUGACUGUGUAUACGCUCUCUGGUGUUAGUGCUGCCCUGCUGUUGAUCCUGCUGUUCACUGCAUGGUCAAGCUUCAGGAAGAUGCAGAAACCAGAAGCACAGCAAGCUUGCGACACACAAGUUGACAAGGAACAGCCACAAUAAAAGGUGUAGAAGUUCAAGA